CACGAAUCUAUCCCUCAGUCUCUUGAGGGCAUGCCUGUAGUUCAUGUCGUCCUCGUCUCUCGCAGUUGGAUCGGCGUACCCGCUUCCUCCGUCCGUUCAUUGCCGUAGUAUCCAUGCGCACGGUAUUCACUCGUAAAUCGUUGUUGCGCUCAACAGGUGGUGGUGCCGUCAGCCUGGUCAAUGUGCACCCAUCGCCCUUGAAGUCGUCGAAACCGACCUCCAUGUCGGCAAAAGCGCGUAGAAUGUCACACUGAAGGCGAGCCAUCAGCUGGGGAAUCCCAAAAAUGUCCUUCAGAAGGACGAAGAGGGGGCGGAUGAGUAGUGUGUUGUGAGUGCCGGGUGGGGCGGCGGAGAGCAAGCUGGUCGUCAUGGGCAGCACAACUCGCAACAACCCCGCCUCCACGCCCCACUCCACGCACCCGUAGAAGUUCAGCUGAGCCACCGACAGUUGGCUGCCGCACCGGAACACCAGGCACCCCACCAGCUUGGCCAGCCUCCACAGGGCAUGCCUGUAGUCGAUGUCGUCUCCAUCUGUCGCAGUUGGAUCGGCGUACCGGAGCAGGUGCAGGAUACACGCUGCCGCACGGCUCGUCAGCUGCUGCUGCAUGGCGGGAUGCUUGAGGCCGAUACGGCUGACCAGCCGUGCGGCAGCCGUCUCGAUGUCGGGGAUGCAGUUUCGGGCAACACAUUUGACGAUCUAGCGGGCGAACCAGGGAAUGGUGGUGGGACAGAGCAACUUACAUGCCGCGUCGGCCUGAGAAAUAAGAAACACACACACAUAUACACAUACACACAUUCACACACACACGCACCACACGGCUGUGGUGCGCAUCUAGCUGGGAAUCGACAUGUCUCCCAUUACCUUCAUCUGUGCGUUGAGGCGGGUAAAUGAGUUGAUGAUGUUGAAGAGGCGCCUCGGCGGUAGCGAAUUGCGGCUCGGCAACUGGGUAGUCGGUCAACAUCGUCUCGAUGAGGUCGGCGGGUGCGGAUGUGCAGGUGAGUCGAUUUGAUACCUGCAGAUGUCACAUAUGCAUAGAAGCACGGCCAUCAUGGAGUGAGAGCCCUGAAUUGAAGUGCUUUAUCGUACGCUGUCAGCAGAAGGGUCAAUUGCGAGUGUAUUGAACAGACGCCCUCUCCCCCCAAUCAUCAGGACAGAGAUACUUGCAAACAGCCAAAAAGACCAACGGCCAUCUAUGGCAGGUGAUUGGUCUUCUAGUGCACAAUAUUCUGACCCGAGCAGCUCCUUGGCAGCUCCUGUCCGGAUUCCCUGUCGUUCUCCUCUGCAGGGGCCGAUCGGCAUUCUCUGUAGGCCCUUGCCAUGGGAAACGGCUGGACGGCGUUCAUGGGACCCGAGCGGGAUUCCUUGAAUAGACUGCCGAUCGUCUUCUCGCCCCGGCUCAGCGUCGGCGUCAUGGAAUGAGAAUCCUUGAUGGCGUUUGCGGUCCUCGUGUCGAAAACGAAUCCCAAGAAUGUGACGUUGCUGAGAUGUCAAGAGAGAGGAAGCGGGGUGAUGUUGGUGUUGCGUAUUUGGGUUGAUAUGGCGAUACCUCUUUUGAAUCGUCUCGCCAUAGGAUGUAGCAGGGUCUUGUGGCCAUGGCCCAGCUGCUGGUGAUGACCUCGCUCAGAUGCUCGUCCUGCUUCAGCAGAACAAACCUAUAUCUGAGGGCAAAAACAAACAACACAUUUGCGCGUGCAUUGCUCACUGUGGCUCUUUGUCGCGGGCACCUUCCCCACUCUGAAUUCGGAGCCUUCGCUUCUGAACACCACCAGACCCACAACGUCAACUGUUUUGUUCAUUGGUACGAACCAGAAGACACAGAACAGGAGGCCUCCGAAGAUAAGCAGCGCCUUGAUCAUCCAGGGGAGGACCUCCGAGAGGUUCUUCGUCGGGAACACAAUGCGGUGCUUCAUCCAGCCCUCUUCCUCGUCGCUCGGGGGCGGCGUCCGUGCGGUAGUUGGCAGGCCUCGUACGCCGCGCGUUGCCAUGGGGUAGAACAUUCUUCAGCAGGUCAAGGGAGAAUCGAUGACCAAACAGAAUAAACAGCCCGCCUCAUCUAUGUGUAUUGUUUGGUUGCC